AUGAAGCUUGUUAGUCAAGAGGAAGGAUUGGAGACUAACCAAAUCGGGUCUGAAGAAAUGGAACUCAAUAUUUCUCUUGUUCUUGAGAAGAUUGAGAAUUUUACUCAGAGGGUAUCUGAGCUCCUAGAAUCAGGGAAAACAAUGUUUAAGGACCUGUGCAAUGAAUUUGAAGAAAAACUGAUCAUGAUUCACAAGGAGCAAGUUGAGAAAUGGCAGGAAGAAAUCAAAGAAUUGCGUGCACUCGAUGCCUCAAAUGAGGAAGCCAAUGCUCUUCUGCAAAAUGCUCGAUAUGUACUUCAGAUCAGUCGUAAUGAUUAGUCAAGGUAGUUGGUUGAUCCCAAACAUUAAUCAGGUAAAAAGUAUACAUUGAUUGAAUUCAUUUGAGGAUCCAAUUCAUUU